AUGGAAGGAAAAGUGAGCGAAGAUGUGGAAGAUUCAAAAAAGACGGCGAUGACGUGGAGAGCGCUGAAGGAGAGCACCGAUCAUCUGACUUUCUACUGUAACAGUUACGACGAAACGACGAACGCGCUGAUGAAGUACCGAGAAAGACUGAAGGAGACCAGAAAGACCGAUAUGCAACUGAUGGAUCAGGUAGAGCUCGAAUCGAGAUUUUUGAUUCGGAAUGCAAUGUUUCAGCUUGUCGACAGAACGAUCGAUUAUGGAACAAAGUUUGGAGAAGUGGGCGUGGCGAUGGACUCGGAAAUCAAGGAGACGCUGACGUGGCUGUUCAAGAAAAUCGGAUGGACACCGAGCAGAGUGCAGGCGAACAUCGGCUACACCGGCUACAUCGACAUGCUCAUCCGUUACCGUGAUCUGAGCAAGACGCUCGACAGAAUUGAAGUUCUGAAAGAGAAAACGUCGGCGGAGCUCGAGGAAAUGGGCAACCAGUGGAAGAAUCUGAGCGAUAUGAACGACAAAAUCGACGAGCUGCAUUACCGCUUCAAACUUGUAAAUGUCGCGAAGAUCCUGGAGUCGAGAGCUCAGAAGGACGACCCGCUUGCCGGCUUCUUCUCUCUUCCCGUUCUCCUUCUCGGCACAAUCUUCCACGCGGAGACCUCUUCGUACUACGCGUCUCUGCUUUUCCGUCUUUGCAAACAGAUUCUCGCAGUGGCGGAAGCUGUGCAGUACGAGAGAGAUUCCCGCAAUCAACCGAUCGUCACCACGAGCAAUGUGCUCAAGGGCCCUUGUCGGAAGCUUUCUGUGACCAGUCUUUACGCUUCAACCCAGGUAAAUACUAAUUUUUCAAAGGUUUCCAUCAAAAUUCGGUCCAGAUUGCCGACGGUAAUGGCGAAGUGCUUGCUCCGGAAGAAUGUAUUCAGCCUAUCGCUAAAGAUAGUACUCUUUGUGUUGUGGAAGCCCAGAACGGAGAGAGCAUCGCGCCGUCUGCCCUCUGCUUGCCAAUUGCUAAAGACAGCUCGAUGACUUUGGUUCAAUAGCCAUUUUUCUUCUCAAAAAUGCACGUUCGUUUUUGUUCAGAAUUCGAAGGAAUCGCCUAAACCGUGUCUGGAAAACGGAUCGCGCGCUCAAGAUAGUACCGACAGUUUGAUGGAAGGCCAGAACGGAGAGAGCAUCGCGCCGUCAACCCUCUGCUUGCCAAUUGCUAAAGAUAGUUCGAUGACUUUGGUUCAGUUUUCAUUUCUCUGCUCAAAACUCCCCUCUUUUGUUCAGACCUCGAAAGAAUCGCCUAAACCUUAUUUGGGAAAUGGACCAGAAUGUGGAGAGAAAAAGAAAACGAAUCAACAGACAAGUCGGAAAUAG